UUUCUCCUCUUUCAUGUGAUUUCUAUUAUCGUUCUCAUUCAUCCAAGUACAAACAAUCUCUUCUUCUUCUUGAAGAUUACGAGAUCUGUAAUUCUCGCUCUCCAGAUCCUGGAAUACAAUCCCCAUCUCCUACAAUGACUCUGAGCAACGGGAAUGCUCACUCAGUAGUUAGCAAUGAGGAUAUGAAGAAACCCUUCAAGAUUUUUGUGGGUUAUGAUCCACGUGAGGAUCUUGCAUAUGAGGUGUGUAAGCAUUCAAUCUUGAAAAGGGCUUCAAUCCCUGUUGAGAUCACUCCAAUAGUUCAAUCAGAUCUCAGAAAAAAUGGCUUGUACUGGAGAGAAAGAGGUCAAUUGGAGAGUACUGAGUUCUCUUUUACUCGGUUCUUGACUCCAUACUUAGCCAAUUUUGAUGGAUGGGCAAUGUUUGUUGACUGUGAUUUUCUUUACUUAGCUGACAUUAAGGAAUUAACAGACUUGAUUGAUGAUAAAUAUGCAAUCAUGUGUGUUCAACAUGAUUACACUCCAAAAGAAACAACCAAAAUGGAUGGUGCAGUGCAGACUGUUUAUCCCAGAAAGAAUUGGUCUUCAAUGGUGCUUUACAACUGUGGACAUCCCAAGAACAAGGUUUUGACACCCGAUAUUGUGAAUUCGCAGACGGGUGCUUUUCUUCAUAGGUUCCAGUGGCUCGAGGAUGAUGAAAUUGGGUCAGUCCCGUUUGUUUGGAAUUUUCUUGAGGGCCAUAACAAGGUUGUCGAGAAUGAGAAAACCUUUCCAAAGGCAGUACAUUACACUCGAGGAGGACCAUGGUUUGAUGCUUGGAAAAAUUGUGAGUUAGCAGAUCUUCGGCUGAACGAAAUGCAAGAGUACAAGGAGGAAUUGAAAAACAAAACUAAGACCUCAAAUUAGAUGAG